UUAGGUGCAGUCACUGGAAUUUGGAGGGAGGGAGGAAGAAGAAAUUCCCUUAACCAAACAACACUAAUUUCCUAAGCUCACCAAACCAACAAAAAACCAAAACCAAAAUUGAAACCCACACCACACCAACAACUUAUCUCAAACUCCAUUUCAACAAACAACACAACAAACUUUUCAAAUGGAUUCCACUCAUCAAACUCAAGAAACCAACCCAGAAGAAGAACAACAAAUCCACACCAUUGUUCCCUCUCAAUCUCAAUCUCCAUUUGCAAGUGCUUCACUUUCAUUAUCCCUCCCCACAAUUCUCCCCACCCAUUUCUUCACCCAACCCAAAAUCUCAUUUUUAUUCUCACCCACCAAAGCCAAAAUCCCCACUCAAGCUUCAUCUCUGUCCCACCUCUCGCUCACUUCACAAACACUCCACCACCCACGCCUCUCCUUCAACUCCACCGUCUCCGCCAACCCUCUCCACCGCACUCUCUCCUUAACCCCGCGCCGCCCCUCCGACCCUUCAAACGCCGCCGCCAUUCGUCGAGCUUCCAUCGUCUGGCUACGCAAUGACUUACGUGUCCACGACAAUGAGUCUCUCAACUCAGCAAAUAACGAGUCAAUGUCUGUCUUACCCGUCUACUGCUUUGACCCACGAGAGUACGGGAAAUCAUCAUCUGGGUUUGAUAAAACGGGCCCGUACCGUGCCUCGUUCUUGAUUGAAUCUGUGGCUGACCUUCGUAAGAAUUUGCAGGCGAGAGGGUCUGAUCUUGUGGUUAGAGUUGGGAGACCGGAGACUGUGUUGGUUGAGUUGGCUAAGGCUGUGGGGGCUGAUGCUGUUUAUGCUCACAGAGAGGUGUCUCAUGAUGAGGUUAAGGCUGAGGAGAAAAUUGAUGGUGCUUUGAAAGAUGAGGGGAUUGAGGUUAAGUAUUUUUGGGGGAGUACUUUGUAUCAUAUGGAUGAUCUUCCUUUUGAAUUGGAGGAUAUGCCUUCGAACUACGGCGGGUUUAGAGAGAAAGUUCAGGGUUUGGAGAUUAGGAAGACUAUUGCUGCUUUGGAUCAGUUGAAAGGGAAACCGUCGAGAGGUGAUGUGGAGCCUGGGGAGAUCCCUUCUUUGUUGGAUUUGGGUCUUAACCCACCUCAGGAUGGAAAACCAGCUGCUACUGCUUCUAUGGUGGGAGGAGAGACUGAGGCACUACAGAGGCUUAGGAAAUUUGCAGCGGAGUGCCAAGCACAACCACCUAAAAGUGGCAGCCAAGACAGCAUUUACGGUGCAAAUUUCUCCUGCAAAAUUUCUCCAUGGCUAACAAUGGGAUGCAUCUCUCCCCGCUCCAUGUUUGAUGAGCUAAAGAAAACUGCUUCCAGAACUGUUUCUGCUACCUCAAAAGGCAGUGGUGGUGGUAGCUCUGCGGACAGUGGAAUGAACUGGUUGAUGUUUGAGUUGUUGUGGAGGGAUUUCUUCAGAUUCAUCACCAAGAAGUACAGUUCUCCAAAGAAACAACUUGAAGUCACUCCAGCGACAGCUUGCACUGGUGCCUUUGCUUAAGCAAGGUUUAUUAUUUGGUGGCCAAAAGGAAAGUUUGUUCAGUACAUGGCUUGUAUCCAAUGGUAGUCAGUUUCAACAAUGGAGUAGUUAGAUGUUCGAACUCGGAAGUGUUAGUUGGAGUCGCCAUACCCUGUCAAACUUUGGUUGUAUUGUGACAUUUCCGUUCUUAUGAAUUUUUUUUUCAGUCUUUUGCA